CAGAAGCGUAGCGCCAUCCACUAGCGCGAUGCCACACCAUCGCAAUCCUACGUUUGACCAACGUAGCUUGAGAGCAUGACCAUGGGCGGCAGGGGAGUCACCGCCGUGGCUCUGGUGAUCCCGUCGCUGUAUGCGUUGUAUGGGUGGUACAAGUGUUGUGUGCAAGAGCAGCAGGACGUUGCCGCCGACGACGACAGCGAGGACAUCACCCCCACAUACAGCAAUGGUCCCGUGUCUGUCAUAUCCGCGGCACGGAUAGAUGUCACCGGUGACACCCAUGUCCGUUUCCCUGCGCCGUCCCGGCCAUCGCAUCCGACGGCGUCUUCUCCUCCGUUGUCGACAGUCCUGUACACCAGCCGCGGCGACGUCGCCGUCAACGUCCAGGACGACAACUUGCUCAGCAACGCAGCGCGCGACUACUUUUCGGAAGUGACGGACGUAAAUGGCCAGCAUCAAGAGAAAAACGACCAUGUGACCCUCCGCCGGUCGGACUUUGAUGCGAUGAUGGGGUUUGUCGCCAACCACCUGCGCGACCUCCCUCCCCACAUCGCGCUGUCCACAACGUCAUACUCCAUUGCGCCAGGCACCUCCCUGGGCACGAUGCUGUCGAACAUCGCAACCACCGCCGGUCAAGCGGCCAUCACCCCACUGUCGCAGAUCAUCCUCGUAGUAGACGACAGCGACAUGCAUUCUUCGUACUGCUCGUCCAGCGGAAUGGCGGUCCCUCCACCAAAGUCUUCUGUCGCACGGGACAUGGUGCAGUCUUACCAAGCAAGUCGUGGCCUCUCGAGUGUUUCUAACACGGUGGAAGCAGCAACUUUGUCCACAACUUGUCACCACAUGCCAGCCACGCCACCGACGACGACAACACUAGUGCAUGUGAAGGGGGUUCCCGAUUCUCGAGCCUUGAACCAAAUAGGGCGACCCGCGGUAACCAAGGAACGGCCUGCCAGCAACUCUCUGGGCAUUUGGGAGCGUUUGUUUGGAUCUUCAGCGUUACAGAACAACGCUGACCAGUCGUACUUUGUGUUUCAUUGACGAGCUCGAAUGAUGUUAUCCACAUGACGUUAUCAAUAAAAAAGACUCCCAUAUUGUGCUUUCAAGCUAAAUUUGAGAAAGAUUGGCAAUGCACCA